AUGGCCUCAGCAACCUCGUUCCGUCAAAUCAUCGGCGCCCCGCCGUCAACCGCCUCACCCACCGACAGCACUCUCGUCAUCAUCGACGCCCAGAAUGAAUACGCAGAGGGCAAGCUGACCGUCUCCAACGUCGAAACCUCUCGCAAGGCGAUCGCGGCGCUGCUGCAGAAGUACCGCGACGCCAAGGGCAGCAUCGUCCACAUCGUGCACGACACGCCCGAGGGCGCGCCCGUCUUCACGCCCAAGACGCGGCUUGCGGAGGAGUUUGACGAGUUGAAGCCCAAGGACGGCGAGAAGGUCGUCCGCAAGAACUUCCCUGGUUCCUUCGCGGGUACGGACCUUCAGGAGCAUCUCGAAGGCAAGGGUACGCAGGGGAAGAAGGUCGUUCUGACGGGCUACAUGGCGCAUGUUUGCGUUUCUACGACGGCUAGACAGGCUGCGCAGAGAGGAUUCGAUGUUCUUGUGGCUGAAGAUGCAGUUGGCGAUCGGGACAUUCCCGGAGUCGAUGCUGCGCAGCUCACCAAGGUUGCGCUGAGUGAAAUUGGGGACGCAUUUGGUACCAUUGUCCAAAGCAAAGACAUUGCAUAA